UUUACAAUACUAUAACAAUUCAGAAGUACAAAUUCACACCUUCAGAUGUAUUUUGCCACAUAAAGCGUAGUUUUUUAGGCUUAGACAGGUAUUGAGAAAGGCUCCUUUUGUAUAAAGAUUAAGGAAAACUUAAGCAGAGGACACUAGAGAAAUUCCUCUGACCACCCCAACCCAUAAGGCUACAAAAUGGAUAACAGGUCUUAAAGCUGGGACUAACUUGCUACUAGUUCAGACAAGGGAGAGUCACUUGAUAACAAAAAAAUCUUGGAAGCUGUAUGGAGGCAAUCUUGGCUUUGGGAUUCUCAUUCCAUCUCUGCUGAUGAAUUGAGCUUGCCUGCUACAGCCCCUCAUCCCCCGAAAAUGUAUGCCUGCGCCAAGUUCGCCUCCACCCCCUCCUUGGUCAGGAGCACCUCUCAGCUGCUGAGUAGGUCACUGUCUACUGUGGUGCUGAAACAACCAGAGACACUGACAGACGAGGUACAGAGCCUCAGCAACUUGGCAGCCCCGCGUCCGCUGAACUCACUUAUUCCUAGCCGCAGCUUCCAAACCAGCGCCAUUUCAAGGGACAUUGACACAGCAGCCAAGUUCAUAGGAGCUGGGGCUGCCACAGUAGGGGUGGCUGGCUCUGGGGCUGGAAUUGGGACUGUGUUUGGGAGCCUCAUCAUUGGUUAUGCCAGGAACCCUUCUCUGAAGCAACAGCUCUUCUCCUAUGCCAUUCUGGGCUUUGCCCUCUCAGAGGCCAUGGGGCUCUUUUGCCUGAUGGUAGCCUUCCUCAUCCUCUUCGCCAUGUGAAGGAGCCGUCUCCACCUCCCAUAGUUAUUUCUCCCGCGUCUCGUCUGCCCUGUACCUUUUCCUGUACCUCCCCAGGCAGCCUGGGGAAAGUGGUUGGCUCAGGGUCUGACAGGGAAGACAAAUAAAUACUGUAUUAAUAAGA